AGGAGAUGCAACCGUUUUUUGGGGGUUCAGGGCUUCCGGGAUUGGACAUCUUGGCUCAGGCUGUUUCUCUUCCAAGCGGCGUUGACUCACUCAAGCAUACAAUUUCCGCGCGCCUUCUCCCCUUCGCAAGAUGUACCGCAGUCUCCGCCCGGCCGCCCUGAACAUGGCCGUCGUCCCUGGACUGCACCUGUCGACGGCCAAGAGCCAGUCGAGGCCCAGGGGCUACAAGAGCUUCCGGCCCGCUCCCCUGGACAUGGCCCUGGUACCUGGGGUGCACCAUUCGACGGCCAACGGCAGGUGGCCGUCGAUGCCGAACGAGGACGCCCACGCGUGCUCGCCGAAGCACUGCGACCCGAAGGCCGUCGACGACUCGAUGGACACCUGCAGCACGGCGGCCGACGGCGAGAGCCUCGCGCCCUUCGGCGAGGACGUGGCCUCCGACCCCUGCGAGUCCGGCAGCGAGCCCAGCUCGCCGUUCGCCAGCGCGCUGCUCGAGAGGCCCAAGGCCUGCGAGCCCCUGUCGCCGUUCAGCCAGAUGCUGCAGGCCAAGCGCCAGAGCGCAGCGCGGCAGGUGAGGGAGCCCCUCUCGCCGUUCAGCAUGGCGCAGCGCCAGCGCGCCCUCGCCCGCUGCUUCUAGAGUCCCCCUGCCGUGCCGCAGGUCUUCGCGUGCCCGACGCCCGUCGGGGCUUCGCACGCUGUCUGAGAGUUUCGAGUGCGGGGCCCGCGAGGGCCUUAGGCUGGUUCAGUCUUCGGAUAAGUUAUGAAUGGUUCUAUGGAUUCGGCUGUCUAGAUUUGGUUCAGCAAGACAGCACGACCUGUUUGCUAGGGCGGAGCCUUGGUUUUGGUUGAUGCUGCCGAGCAUGUGGCCUCAGUCGCUCCAUCCUUGGAUUAGAGACGGGCGCAACAGCAUUACGCCGAGGCUGACGGAGCCUCGGCGAACGCGAUGCUGUUCUGGAUGCCAACAGGGCGAACGGGUGCCCAAGAAUGCAGCAGUUAUUCGCUGGGCCUUGGCUUCCAGCGACUGAUGCCUUCUCCUCCAGCCGACCAGCGAGCUUUUCCAGCCGCAGGCCAGCCUGUGGCGCGCGCGCUGGGACAGCGGAGCUCGGCUUCUGCACGGUCGGGGACGUGUUCACCUCGCGUCUUCCGUUUCUCCUCCUCGUCCUUCGCGCGCCGCCGCGCCUCGCCUGCCGUAUCUCGUGCCUCCUUCGCUCCGUCCUGCUCUUCCUCGUCUUCCUCUCCCUCCUCCUCGCUCAUCGCCGGAUAUCUUGCGACUCCUCGCACAGGGGGGGUCGCUGGGCUUGAGCUCUGAAGCCCUAGAGUCAACUUAGGAAGAUGCUUACGGCUCCUACUGCUGGAGUCAAUGGGCUUGAUGCCCCGGACUCAUGAUCUCAUGCUGAAAGAUCAGACUCUGUGCUGUCUUACAGCAUUCCAGAUGACACUUUCACGCCUUGCUGUCGGUCCUUGGACAGUGCAUUCUGCAUGUGCAAAGCAUGCCCCUCUCUCUCUCCCUCUCCGUCCCUCUCUCUCUCUCUUUUAUCGUGCCUGUCUUCUGUCCCCCUCAGCCUCUCCCUGCCUCCCUCCCCCGCCCCUCUCUGUCUCCGCUAUUCCCUUCUUGAUUCAUCCUCCAGAUUCCCACUUCAGCAUCCCGUGUAUCUUCUUCCAGCAGCGGGCCCACGGGAUUCAGACUGAAGCCUCAAGCUUAGAGUUCGGCAGAACAAUCCUCGGCAGGAAGGCUGAGAUUCAGGCUGGAAUUCUAGAUCGUAUGCUGUCCGCUGGCAUUCGGGGCUGGAAGCCCCACCGUUAUUCCUCUGGCAGUGUAGUUUGUAUCUAGUUGAUCCUUUCUCCCAUCUCCCCCUCCCUGUUUUCGCGAACCCUUCCCCAUUCCCCCCUCUGCCUUCACCGAGUCUUCGUUUCCACCAGAAUCCCGAGCACUUCUUAAUUCAGGCGAGCUUAGGCUGUGGGUUCGAGCUCGAAGCUGGAAGCCCAGUACCAGAAGAUCAGACUUUUGUGCUGAUGCUGUCUGCCCGCGUCCGGGAGGCUGGAAGCCUGCCCGUGAGGGAACAAAAACGGGGCCGUCUGUGCCGACGCAGGCGGGUCAGCUGCCCGCGUGGGCGACGCGGCGCGAUCCGGCGACCCC